ACACACACACCGGCGGGAGCUGCUGAUUCUCUCGCCAUUUGGGUUUGUCCUGAGUAACAAAUAACGCUGCGUUUUGAGCCUGUAGGAAACUCCUGGAUUAUUUCAAGAGACUGUGCUCUAUUUACUGCUGUUGCUGCAUCUGGAUUAGUCCGGUUUGAGUUUUAUUUAAAGGAGCGUCUCUGGGCCGUUUUUGGUAUUUCACAAUCUUGUCCUGAACAAUGUCUGUGGCGGUUCUCGUGCAGCUGGCCUUGCGUGGUGGGUUGCACAUGUGUCGCAGGGUGGUUCAAAACAGAGCCCCCUUUCUUCAGGACCAGCUGAUGCGAGCGCUGCACAGUCCAUCAGCCACCCGCGGCAGCAACUCGCGCUUUGACCCGGACAGCAGUGGACGCCCCACCACCUGGGAUUCAUUCGGCAUCUGGGACAGUCGCAUCGACGAGCCCAUCCUGCUACCGUCCAGUAUCCGCUACGGCAAACCCAUCCCCAAAGUCAGUCUGUCCAAUGUGGGCUGCGUCUCACAGAUUGGCCAGCGCAAAGAGAACGAAGACCGUUAUCAGGUAUCGCAGAUGACCGAUGACAUCCUUUACUUCGCUGUGUUUGAUGGCCACAGCGGCGCUCAAGCUGCUGACUUUUGCCAUAAGUACAUGGAGCAGCAUAUUAAAGAGCUCGUGGCAAAAGAGGACAACCUAGAGGUCGUCCUGACAAAUGCAUUUCUCAACGUGGACAAAGCAUUAGCAGAGCAUCAUCACUUCAGUGCAGAUGCCUCGGUGCUAACCGCAGGCACCACGGCAACGGUGGCGCUGCUGAGAGACGGCAUCGAACUGGUGGUGGCCAGCGUGGGCGACAGUCGCGCCAUGCUCUGCCGGAAGGGCAAAGCACUUAAACUCACUGUGGACCACACACCUGAGAGGAAGGAUGAGAAAGAGAGGAUCCGUAAGAGUGGUGGUUUUGUGACAUGGAACAGUCUGGGCCAGCCUCACGUAAACGGACGACUGGCCAUGACUCGGAGCAUUGGAGACUUUGACCUGAAAAGCACAGGCGUCAUCGCCGAACCAGAGACCAAGCGGAUUUCGUUACAUCAUGUACACGACGCCUUCCUCGCGCUCACCACAGACGGCAUCAACUUCAUCAUGAACAGCCAGGAGAUCUGUAAUGUCAUUAACCAGUGCAAUGACCCCAAAGAGGCAGCACAGCGUCUCUCUGAACAGGUCUUGCAGUACGGUGCAGAGGACAACAGCACGAUUAUCGUGGUGCCAUUUGGCGCGUGGGGCAAACACAAGAGCUCAGACGUCAGCUUCUCCUUCAGCCGCAGCUUUGUGUCCAGCGGCCGUUGGGCCUGAGUGAAUGAAGGACAGGCCGAGAGAGGGGAGGGGGGUGAAGGGAGAAGGAUGAGAUGAGGCAUUUGAAUUCAGUGGACUGGGUGGGAGAAGUAUCCCUGAGUACAAUACAUCCAGGGUGUUAUGGGAACAGAAGGAAAAGUCACUUGCAUUCAGAUAAGGACACAGUUCAUAACUUCUUCGUUCUGAUGAAAUGGCGAAGCAGUGUGUAUGAACAGUACUGUAUUAGGAAUAUUCCAGUGGACAUCAGAUUUUUCCUGAAGAAAAGCAGUGCUUUAGUCUUUAGUAUGUGUGUGCGACUAAUCAGUAUUUCUGAACAAGACCAGCGGCACGUCGUUUUCCGUUUGAGCAAUUCUCUAGUUUUACCUCAGAAUAUUUUGAAGUAUGUAUAUUUUAUAACUGUGAACAAAUAGUAGGUUUUUUUUUUUCCUUUUCAUUUGCAAACACAUUCAGUGGGUCAAGAACAUUUGCACUUUGUCAUGAUGAUUCUCUGUAUCUCUUGCUUUCAUGGUUUAAAGUUUGUUGACAUUUUGAUGCUUGGUGGAACCAUUUGGAUCAUCUGAAGGUAUUGGACUUGCUAGUGGUCAUGACUCGAUUGUCAUUCCCAUGCCUUAAGAUGUGACCAUGCGUUACUCUUUAUAACUUGGGUAUAUCAGUAGUGCUGCUUUGUACAAACCUGUAACAGCAUUUCUUCAAUCAUAAGCUUUAAAAAAAAAAGAGCUCAGUUAUACACCGUCCUAAAAUAAGUUAGCACUUAUUAACAUCAGCUAACCAGCUGAUUAGCAAAACAAAAGAGUAGACACUUCGGUAUCUGCAUCACAACCAUCAAAUCAAUGUAAACUGUUUUAUUCACAUUGAACAUUUUAUCAAAGUUUUUGCUGAGUGAAUACGAGCAAACGGUGAUGUUGCACUUAUCCCAGGGCAGCUGAUCAAUGUUUGAUGUCUUAAGAGUGUUCAAUAUUUUCUGUCAUUCUCUUCACAUUUCAACAGCUGUCACUGAGGUGUCUACUACUCACAGCUUGAAGUGUUUGAUGUACCCAAGCAGAAUGGUGAAAUGGGAAGUGUGCCAUGAACUAUUAACUUCCAACCAAUCAAGAAGAUGAAGCGGGUAAUUUUUAAAAAUCCCAAUCUUCCACCAGGAUAGAGUGCAGAAGUGUGUUGUGGGUGUGGUUUUGCAGGCAGUGCCGAAGGAAAGGGCUACCUUCUGUCAAAAUUGCUUAACUUUAUUUAUUAAUUUUGUUUAACAUUUAAUUUAUUUAAAGUUAAUCUGGAUUACUGUUAUCACAACAUUCUGCUCUUGGAGUGCUUUUUUUGUUUUGUUUUGUUUUGUGUGCAUAAAGUCAAAUCAAAGUCCCUUCCAUGCCAGGAUCUGGUCUUUCCAGGCAGUCUCCUGUCCCAGUAUGAACCAGCUCUUUGAGGCGCGUGGGUGUGGUGCCGAUUCCCAUUUCUACAGCCCUCAGCCUCUCGCCUUUUAUUUCGCUAGGGUUACAGUGGGAGGGCUAGUCCUCUGGUAACCGCAAGAGUUCGACUCACUACUCGCAUCUGUAUUGCUGUGGCUCGCCAAAUGGCAGUACACUGCAAAAAAUUGAAAACUGAAUUUGAGGAGCAAAUUACUUAAUCUCAUCUCAUUAUCUGUAGCCGCUUUAUCCUUCUACAGAGUCGCAGGCAAGCUGGAGCCUAUCCCAGCUGACUACGGGCGAAAGGCGGGGUACACCCUGGACAAGUCGCCAGGUCAUCACAGGGCUGACACAU